AUGAAAAGGCAAAGCGAUGAUAGCGAAAUGCAGUCGCUGGACGACAAAAGCAAGACCGCGACUCCGGAUAUGGCACGAGCAGACCAAAAAGCCCAAAGCCCACCGAGCACGGAAAAAGACAGUUACGAGGUCGGCUGGGAGGGUGGUGAGGCGGAUCCUCUAUGCCCUCGUAGCUACAGUAACUUGAAAAAAUGGCGCAUCACUCUUGUUAUUUGUUUUGUCAGUUUGUGCAUGACAUGCGCUAGUUCCAUCUACACGGCGACAUACCAACAGAUGGAAGCAGAGCUGGGCAACUCAAGAAUAGUGUCUAUUCUUGGUCUUUCCCUUUUCGUUCUCGGUAUCAGUUUCGGUCCUAUGGCUCUUGGCCCCCUCAGCGAGUUUUACGGUCGACGACCUAUUUAUGUCAUUUCCUGGACGAUCUAUGUUAUUUUCAUUAUACCACAGGCCGUCGCCAAGAACAUUGGGGUAAUUCUCGUUUUCCGUUUCCUCGACGGCUUCGCUGGCAGCGCUUUCCUCGCCGUGGCUGGAGGCACCAUUCACGAUCUCUUCGACAGGGCGCAACUACAACACCCGAUCUCUAUCUUCUCAGUGUCGCCAUUUAUCGGACCCAGUCUAGGUCCCCUGAUUGGCGGUUUGAUCUGUUCUUAUCUCGAUUGGAGAUGGACGUACUACGUUUUAAUCAUUUGGUCUUUUGUUUUGUGGCUGGCAAUCAUCUUCCUUGUUCCUGAGACAUUUCAUCCGGUUCUAUUACGAGACAAGGCGAGGAAGCUUCGAAAAGAGACAAACAACGAAUCAUGGUUUGCUCCUAUAGAAAGAGCGCACCGGUCUGUUGCCCAAGCAAUUGGCAACUCCUUACUCCGACCAUUCCAGCUUCUCUUCCUUGAACCCAUGUGUUUCUGCCUCUGCAUUUUUGCAGCACUCUUGCAUGGCAUUCUUUACUUAUUUUUCGACGCUUUCCCGCUGGUCUUUGUCAACAAUCAUGGUUUCAACUUGUGGCAAGUCGGUCUAUCCUUCCUAGGAAUUGGUAUUGGAAUGAUCCUAGCUAUUUUCAUGAAUCCGGUUUGGAACAAUGCGCGAAACCGCCUUGUGCAAAAGAAAGAACAAGAGACGGGUAUCCAAGGUGCUAGCGAGCCCGAGUUCCGGCUCCCUGCUGCUAUGGUAGGCUCUCUGAUUGUGCCUGUUGGCAUGUUCAUGUUUGGAUGGACAACAUUCCCCUGGGUGCACUGGAUUGCUCCUAUCAUAGGCUCUACCAUAUUUGGAUUUGGGGCAUUGCUGCUGUUUACCUCUAUUUUCGGUUUCCUUGUUGACGCUUAUCCAACGUACGCAGCGAGCGCCAUGGCCGCAAAUGGCUUCAUCCGAUGCAUUUUUGCCGCCGUAUUCCCGCUUUUCGGCGAGCACAUGUUUGAAGGGUUAGGAUACCAAUGGGCGUCAUCAUUGUUGGCGUUUCUCACUGUUGCCAUGAUACCGUUUCCGUUCCUCUUUUUCCGCUAUGGCAAACUUAUUAGAGGCAAAAGCCGCUUCGCUAAGAAGUAG